AUGACCACAGAAUUUAAUGCUCUUAUUAAAAAGAAGACUUGGGUGUUAGUUCCGAAGCAACCUCAUAUGCAUAUCUUACGUAGCAUGUGGCUGUUUCGUCACAAGUUUCGCUCCGACGGUACAUUGGAAAGGUAUAAGGCUCGUCUUGUUUGCGAUGGGAGCAAUCAACAGAUUGGGGUAGACUGUGGAGAGACAUUUAGUCCGAUUGUCAAACCGACUACGAUACGUACCAUUUUAUCCAUUGCUUUGUCACAUUCAUGGCCGAUUCAUCAACUGGAUGUUACCAAUGCUUUUCAUCACGGUAAUCUCAACGAGACUGUCUACAUGUAUCAACCCAUGGGGUUUCGGCAUCGUCAAUAUCCUGAUCAUGUGUGCUUACUACAGAAAUCCCUCUAUGGAUUAAAACACGCUCCUCGUGCCUGGUAUCAAAGGUUUACCGAUUUUGUUCUUUCUUUGGGGUUUCGGCAGAGCAAAUGUGACAAUUCUCUUUUCACGUAUCAGCACAACGGCCAUACUGCCUAUCUCCUUAUCUACGUCGAUGACAUCAUUCUCACCACUUCGACAGAUUCUCUUCGGGUUCAUCUUAUGUCACGUCUUGCAGCGGAAUUUGCAAUGAAGGAUCUCGGGCCUCUGAGUCAUUUUUUGGGUAUUAACGUACAACGACAAGGUAACAAACUCUUUCUUUCUCAACAGGCAUAUGCGAAAGAAAUUAUUGACAGGGCUGGCAUGUCUUCAUGUAAACCCGCCGCCACACCUGUUGAUACAAAACCCAAGCUCGGUUCGAACUCGAGUGCCGAUUUUGACGACCCGCCAUUGUAUCGCAGCCUUGCAGGGGCUCUUCAAUAUCUCACCUUCACGCGACCCGAUAUCUGCUAUGCUGUUCAACAAGUGUGCUUGUACAUGCAUGCACCCAAAGUAGAUCAUUGGAAUGCUCUUAAACGAAUCAUUCGGUAUCUUCAAGGCACCAGUUCGCAUGGUCUCACUAUUGGUGCUUCCACCGACUUCUCAUUACGAGCAUACACUGACGCCGAUUGGGCAGGAUGUCCAGAUACGCGGCGGUCCACUUCCGGCUAUUGUGUCUAUUUCGGCCCUAACAUUAUCUCCUGGUCAUCUAAACGCCAAUCGGUUAUAUCUCAUCGUCUUCGCCCUCUUUCUUUCCUGAUCAUGUGUGCUUACUACAGAAAUCCCUCUAUGGAUUAA